AUGGCAAACAAUGGCUUGAGUAUGUUUCAAUUCCCACGUCUUACCAAAGAGAAUUAUGAUAAUUGGUGUCGUCGCAUGAAAGCCUUGUUAGGUUCUCAAGAUGCAUGGGAGAUUGUAGAGAAAGGUUAUACCCAACCUCAAAAUGAGGCUAUUUUGUCACCAAAUGAGAAGGAGACUUUGUUGAAGUCGAAGAAGAAGGAUCAGGCAAACAAUGGCUUGAGUAUGUUUCAAUUCCCACGUCUUACCAAAGAGAAUUAUGAUAAUUGGUGUCGUCGCAUGAAAGCCUUGUUAGGUUCUCAAGAUGCAUGGGAGAUUGUAGAGAAAGGUUAUACCCAACCUCAAAAUGAGGCUAUUUUGUCACCAAAUGAGAAGGAGACUUUGUUGAAGUCGAAGAAGAAGGAUCAACAAGCACUUACUUUCAUUCAUCAAGGUUUGGAUGAAGCUAUGUUCGAGUUGGUGUCAAAUGCAACCACAUCCAAAGAAGCAUGGGAGAUUUUGAAAACCUCCCUUGAAGGUGUUGAUAAGGUAAAAAAGGUGCGCCUACAAACUCUACGUAGAGAGUUUGAAUCAUUGCAUAUGAAGGAAUCCGAAUCUAUCUCAGAUUUUGGCAACAAGGUGUUGGCUAUUGUGAACCAAAUGAAGCGUUAUGGAGAAAAUAUGGAAGAUGUUCGUGUGGUGGAAAAGAUCCUUCGCUCCUUAAUCGCUAAAUUUGAUUAUGUGGUUUGUGCUAUUGAAGAGUCUAAGGAUUUAGACUCAAUGACCGUAGACCAAUUGAUGGGUUCUCUUCAAGCCUAUGAAGAAAGGUUCAAUAGAAGACAUGAUGAGCCAUUGGAGCAAGUCCUCAAAGCCAAAGCUUCUUUGAAAGAAAAUGGAGGAGAAAGUAGUUAA